CUUCGGGAGAAUGAUCAGAUGGGGAUUCAUGGGCUUGUAGAGCGACUCGGAAGAAUGUGGAGAGUAGAUAUGUUUGUCAGUGCAGAACCGUGGAGAAGAUUAAAAAUGGCCACCCUCUCAUCGCUACAUGAUCUCUGCGGGGUACUAAAGGAGGGAAACAUGGGCAUGGUGGAUCCUUUCGGGGUAUCGUUAGAGGAAGCGAUCCUGGAUCCGACUAGAGAUCAGCUUAUUUUGGCUGCUAAUGGAAGUGCGGAUGUGCAAAUUUAUCCCUCUCAUUCUCAAUCAAGGCAAGGUCCACAAGAUGGGAUACCGAUAUUGAGAUCUAUGAUGAAAUAUAUCAAAGAUCAGCGAUAA